AUGAAUAUAUCAGAAAUAAAAUCGUAUGAAGAACAAGCGGUGGAUACAAUAGUAUCAGUACUAAACAGGGCUAAGGAGACGCUCGGAGAAAGGCAGACUUUGAAGCAACUUGCGAAUGCAACGAAACACAAACUCAACAACACUCUCGCUUCGAUCUGGUUCGUCCCUAGUCGGGAUGUCCUCACGCCUCCUGUUAAGGUGCCUCUGACUGCCCUAGAAAAUCCAUUGGUUAUAUCUAGUGAACACCUCAUUAGAAACAGUAUAGAAAAGAAAUGGCGAUUAACAGACACGUUUAUGUACUAUCUGAAGUAUAUGGACAGUUCGAAAGACGAAUGCUCUCGGUAUUAUUAUUUUGAGGCCGUAUUUAGCCAGCCUACAGCCGCUUACCCGAUCCCCCAAGCGACAGCCUCAGUGUUUUUUAGAGUAGAAGACAAACUUAUCGAGCCUCCAGAAGUAAGAGGAGUACCAAUGAUGACAUUCAGGGUCGAAGGCCACCGCUGGGACCACGAUGUGCGCUACGUGCUGUUGAUACCGGACUGGAUCCUCGCAGUUAUUCAGAUGAAGAUAAAAUUAUUCCGAAGAAUUGAGGAAUUAAGACUGUUC